ACUUCCCGUUAAUUAUCUACUCUCAUGAAGGGUCCUGUGCACAGAGAAAUGAUGGGCACCAGAUCUUUCUAUGAUUCACUUUUCCUAUCAGCUUUCUUGCUUCAUUUGUGCUUCUACUAUGGAGUGGGUGCUGCUGAUCCGGAUAUCAUGUCCAAUAGGAAAGCAUUGGAAACAGCUUUAGGUGGUGAUAGUGGCAAUUAUUCUGCUCCUGCACCUGCUCCUGCUCCUAAAAAUGAAGACUGUCCUCCUCCCUCUCCCCCUCCUGAACUUGAAUACCCCCCACCAUUGCCACCACACAAUACCCCUCCACCUCUUGAACCUGAAUCUCCUCCACCAUUACAACCACCUCUCCCUCCUAAAUCUGAAUAUCCCCCACUACUGCCACCAUCCCCUAUCUCUCCUCCUGAACCUGAACCUGAAUACCACCCACCACUGCCACCGCCCCCUAUCGUUUCCCCUCCUGAACCUGAAUACCACCCACCACUGCCACAGACCCCUACCCCUCCUCCUACUGAAGUACCUGAAUACCACCCACCACUUCCACAGACCCCUACCCCUCCUCCUACUGAAGUACCUGAAUACCACCCACCACUGCCACAGACCCCUACCCCUCCUCCUACUGAACCUGAAUACCACCCACCACUGCCACAGACCCCUACCCCUCCCCCUACUGAACCUGAAUACCACCCACCACUGCCACAGCCCCCUACCCUUUCCACUCCUGAACCUGAAUGCCCCCCACCACUACCACCGCCCCCUACCCUUCCCUCUCCUGAACCUGAAUCUCCCGCACCACUGCCACCGCCCCCUACCCUUUCCCCUCCUGAACCUGAAUAUCCCCCACCACUGCCACCGCCCCCUAUCCCUCCUCCUCCUCCUGAACCUGAAUGCCCCCCACCCCCACAAAGUGAGCUUAGUCCUCGACUUCAAUUAGUCUACCCCAUAAUUCAAGAUUUCAGAAAAAUAAUCACCUGUGACCCAAAAGGCAUUUUGAAAUCAUGGGAUCGCAAAGAUAAAAACGUAUGCAAAUUCAAGGGCUUCUUCUGCGACAUUGUUCCGAAGUACAAUCAACUAGCACUUUCUGGAGUAGACUUCAACGGGUUUCGGUUUGGUGGUAAGGACGGCCAGCUCCCUCUCUCUGGCUUCAUUGAAAAGUUACCCGACAUUACCGUGUUCCACGCAAACUCCAACAAUUUCACUGGUGGCAUCCCCAUUGAGAUCUCCAAGCUUCCAUACUUCUACGAGCUAGAUCUUAGCAACAACAAGUUACAUGGCCAGUUCCCAAUGGAAGUUCUUGGUGCCAAACAAUUGACCUUCUUGGACCUUCGUUUUAACUUUUUGUACGGCAGGGUUCCACCCCAAGUGUUCUUGCUAGACGUUGACGUAAUCUUCAUCAACAACAACUAUUUUGAGCAUAGGCUUCCUGAUAAUCUUGGCUCUACACCAGCCCUAUAUCUCACUUUUGCCAACAACAAGUUCACUGGGCCAAUCCCACCAAGCAUUGGCCAAGCUAACAAAACCCUCCUUGAGGUGCUCUUCUUGAACAACAAGCUCACAGGAUGCUUGCCAUUUGAGAUUGGCUUCCUGAAAAUGGCCACUGUUUUUGACGUGAGCAUCAAUUACUUGAUGGGUCCAAUACCCUUCUCAUUUCAGUGCCUGUUUAAAAUAGAGGUGCUUAACCUGGCUCGAAACCAGUUCGAUGGGUCGGUCCCGGAGGCAAUCUGCAAGCUGCCUAACCUUGGUGUCUUCAAUUUAUCAGACAACUACUUCACCCAGGUUGGCCCUAAAUGCAGGAAGUUGAUCAAGAAAAAGGUUCUUGAUAUAAAAAAUAAUUGCAUUAUAGACCUUCCAAAUCAGAGAUCAAAAGCUGAAUGUGCUGCUUUUUUCGCCAAGCCCAAGUACCAGAAGUGCCACCACGACCAGUCCUUAUAUUACAUUCCUUGUAAGAAGAUCAAGUAUUACGGAGCUCCUCUUUGUUCGUCCUACAAUCAUCAACCAAUGGCUCCAGCCCCUUCACCACUUUCCUAUGGCGCUCUUAAACCCCAUAGGCUGUGAUUUUCAAGCUCUAAACGAUGGGUCAUGGGGGCCUUUUGUAAUAUAUAUAUUUGCAUAAAUCUGUUCUCUUUAUAUUGAUCAAGUCAUGAAUAAGGCAAUUAAUGUGUUCUAAUUUGGCUUCUCC